AUGCUCGUGGUUGUGACGUCUUACAACCAGAUCCAGGGACUCAACGAGGCGGAUGCCGCCUAUCGAAAAGGAUUGUUUUGGCGCAUCAUUCUCGACGAAGGACCCCGUGGGACACGCCAUUCGCCGGUUGGACGAGACGAAACAAGGCAAAAUCCUGAAGUCCUUCGAGGCAAAGUCGCGCCUUAUAUACACGGCAUCACCGGUGGUCAAUACGCUGAACGAUUUUGUAGGCCUCUGGCACAUUACGACAGCGACUGUGAAUCCAUCCAAGGAAAAGGCCAAUGGGGAAUCGAGGAGAUGGUCGAUUCGGGUUGGAAGUGCUCGCAUUGGCCCGCAAUGAUGCGCUACAACAGAAACCGCCCCCCAAGUAUUAAGCGCAAGAACAAGAAGAAAGGGAAGCAGAGCAUCAUAGUCCUCCCGCCCAAGGAUGUCAAUCCAUUCGACACGUUCCACGUCGAGAAUCGCAACCACAGACGGUGCUUCACCACAAGGGCCUGGGAAUACUACAUCCGACCACAUACCAGAGCUGGUGGAGAUUCCAUCGAUCAAGACAAUGUGGCCCACAGGCCCAAAAUCAUCCUCUCCACCACCGUGAUCUCGCGCAACAUGACCAGCAAAAUCUGGUUCCGAGGUGAGGACCAUAUAAUCGGCAAAGAUAUUCCUUCCCCGGCUAUAUAUACGCAGAAAUUGAGAUUCCCCGAAGAAGAGCAAGCCCGGCACACUCAAUUGGAGAAUACGCUGGCCCGCCGCCUCAUUAUGGACCUGGAGAACGUUGACCUUGAGGAGAUCGAGAAGGCCGUCAGGAGCGGACAGAAGUUUGGCUCCAAAUUUGCCAAGUUGUCAUGUCUGAGCUCGCACCUUGGCCUGGCGGCGUUCCACAAUGUCAGCACCACGGCGCUGAGGAGGCCGGAGCGCUGGGAGGAGCCUUUCACGAAGAUGUGCGAAUUCCUGGGUAUCUCAACGGUUCUUUUGGAUGCACAGAUACACAAUGCCGAGACCAGAUACAACUACAUCAAGAAAUUCAACGAGGUAGACCCCAAGAUUCUCGUACUUCCACAGAGCAAAUACUUGAAACUGUAUCUGACCUUUACGGAUGAAUAG